GUGCCUGUCUGUCUGGCUAGACCUGUGCUCGACCGUAAUUACUGUCGAUUCUACCAAAGACAAAUUAUUGUCCAACUAAAGUCUGCAGAAUAUGGUCCAAUUUCUCAUGUAUAUGAAUAUAAUUUUGAUGACAAUGCCUUUCCAGAGAGCCUAACGAGAGAAAGCAUAAUGAAGUCGGCUGAAGCUCUGUUGAGGUUUGGGACAUUGCUGCUUGGUGGAACAUUGAUCCUUACCCACCUGCCGACACACGCUCAAGAAGAUGUGACACUGACAAGUGGCAAUAGAUGCGGCGGCAGCUUUACUGCACCCUCAGGAGGUCCUAUGACGUCACCAAACUACCCCAGUAACUACGGCAACAACGAAAUCUGCGAGUGGCUAAUCACCGUUCCAGCAGAAAAUAGGAUACUUCUCACGUUUCACUCCAAUGUGUACCUUGAGAAGGGGAAUGAUUUUCUGGUCAUAUACGACGGAGGCAGCGAUAAAGCUGCGGAGUUAUGGAGGAUGACAGGUAUCGCCUUCAACGAUUAUGUCCUAAGUACAUCUAAUACAGUGUUCCUGAGGUUUACAUCUGACGGGGAGUUGACAAGGAAAGGGUUCCAUUUCUCCUACACAAGCCAGACCAUCGAUGACACUGUUCAGGAUGAAUGUGGUGACUAUAUAUCAGGGCAAUCUUCAGGGAAAAUCUUAUCACCCAACUUUCCUGGAGAAUACGACAGUGACCUGAGAUGUACAUGGACGAUAGUGGUCAGCCCAGGAAACCUUAUAAGACUUGAACCUGAGGUUUUCAACAUACCUCUCGAAAGAGACUAUCUGAAAGUCUACGAUGGACAAUCUGAAAUAAACGGCACAAUAAUAGGGAUUUACGACGGACAAGUCAUUCCCCAACGAAUCAUUUCCGCAUCCAACAUCAUGCAGCUGGUUUUCCUGACUUUCAGAACGAACACUGAUGGAAGGGUCGGAUUCAAGAUUCGCUUUGAAGGACGAGACAUUCCACAAGAAAUUCUUGUCACAUCCAACUUGAUCCACCUCGUUCUCAUCACAGACAACUCUGCUACCGAAGGCGGUUUCAAAAUACAUUACAAAGCAUUUUUUCUGCUGCGACCACCUUGUUUUAACCCCGGCGUUCCAGAGAACGGACUUAGAGAAGGAAACAGUUUUGAUGUCGGGGAGUUUGUUUCCUUCCGAUGUGACGACGGCUUUACUUUAAAGGGUCGAGCAAUACUUAGCUGUAUGUCUGGCUAUCAGAUGGGCUGGGAUGGUCCUCUCCCAACUUGUAAAGCGGAAUGCGGUGGAUACAGAACGACACACGCUCCAGGCUUCAUUUAUUCUCCCAACUACCCCGGGCAGUACGGCAACAACAUGAACUGCACCUGGACCAUAGAGGCCAACCUGAGGCAAGGCGAAGGGAUAGGAAUGAAAAUAGAGAAGUUCUCGCUAGAAGAAGGACAUGACAGAUUACUAAUCUACGAUGGGGAUCCCAUAUCUGACAGCACCUUAUUCGGAGAAUACAGCGGACAAGAAAUUCCCCGAGAAGUCAACUCUACAUCGCAUAUAAUCCACCUAGUCCUCAUCACAGACGAGUCGGGAAGCGAAGACGGUUUUACGAUCAAUUAUGAAGGGUUUCCGUUGACCGACGAUUCUGGCUGUCCUGAUUUUCGCAGUAUUGAAAACGGAUCGAUUGGGAAAUUCGAAGACGGAUGGAUUUUGAAAUUCGAAGACAAACGUUUCCCUCUAGGGUCGACUAUUCCAUUUAGAUGCGAUAAGUGGAACUACUUAAGAGGGCCGAGCGAAAUAACCUGCAUGCCUGGUGGCAUUUGGAGCAGCCGACCUCCAACCUGUGAAGAUGCGACUUGGUGCCACGGACAACGUAUUGUAGACGAAGAGGAGGGAGAAAUUAAGUCUCCAAGAGUGGACCUAGGCCGAGGCUUGUACAAUUACCCAAACAAUGUCGACUGCAGAGUGGACCUCGAUGACACUAAGUAUUACAGAAGCGUCCUCGCCGGUUAG